UCUCAUCAUGGACAAGUGGAUUGGCAAGACAGCUGUCGUUACAGGCGCAAGUUCGGGCAUCGGAGCUGCGAUUCUCGUCGCUCUCGCAAAAGCUGGUGUCAAUGUUAUCGGUUUAGCACGUCGCAAGGACCGCAUUGAAGCUCUUGCGGAACAAAAUAAAUCCGCAAAAGGAAAAAUUCAUUCAUUCGCUUGCGAUGUUUCUGAUCCAAAAUCCAUCGACGCCGCUUUCGAUUGGAUCGAAAAGACUUUUGGAACCUUCCAUGUCUUAAUUAACAACGCCGGGAUUUAUCGAUGCAAUAAAUUGAUCAAUCCAUCGUUAAAAGACUCGGAAAUCAUCGAUACUGUGAACACGAAUUUCACGGGACUUGUUCUCUGUUCGCGACAAGCUUUAAAAUUCCUGCAAAAAAAUGACGAAGCAGGAUACAUUAUCAACAUCAAUAGUAUCGCGGGUCAAACUAGUGCAAAUGGAAUGAUGGCAGAGCAUGGAAUAAACGUUUACAUGAGCACGAAACAUGCAGUGACGUCAAUUACUGAAAUAUUGCGAUUGGAGCUCGCUGCUGUGCCCAACAAUAAAAUCAAGAUUUCAUCUGUAAGUCCCGGAGCUGUCAUGACUGAAAUUUUUGACACCGCUGGCAUGUCAAAAGAAGCUCAAAAAGCUCUCAAUGGACUCCAAGCUGAAGAUGUUGCGGAUGCUGUCGUUUAUUUGAUGAGCACUCCAGAGUCAGUUAAUGUCACAGAAUUGACAAUUCGACCUAUGAACUCUCCAAUGUAAAUAAUUUUCGUAUGAUUUUUAUUUUUAUGUAAAUUUUUGAACGUACGGAAUUUAUUUGCUUAGAUAGACACUUCAAAUGUCGAGCAAAUAUUAAAAUAAAACAAAAGAAUUUUGAUAUCAUCAUUA